AUGUAUAACGGCAUUGGAUUAACGACUCCGAGAGGAUCGGGCACUAAUGGCUAUGUUCAGAGAAAUUGGGCCACUGUGAGGAAAACUAAGGAUUCUGUGAAUUAUCGGACUGAAGAAGAGAUAGCAAAGUUGGAUUCAGCAUCAAACAAGCAGCCUAACCGUGAAAUACUUGAUCAUGAGAGGAAGAGGAAGAUCGAAGUAAAAUGUGCAGAGCUUGAGGAUAGCCUGGAAGAACAGGGGUUGCCGAAGGAGGAGAUAGCGGCGCGUGUUGCCGCCUUCAGAGCGAAGCUUUCGGAAUCGAGCAGUGGAGACAAGGACGUGCCCAGGGACGAAUUUGGAAGGGUAGCCGUACGCGAAACGCACGCAGUCGCUGAAGCGCAACAAGAGAAGAACGCAAGGCUCCGAGAUGCGUUUGGUAUAUCGCCGAGGUUCGUGGAGGGGACCAGCUUAGACCCGGAACGUCGAGCAAGGGAGGAGGCAAAGCGAUAUCCACUUGUGAGAACACCUAGCCACGAAAGAGAAGAACGGGACACGCAUGUGCCAAAAAAGAAAAAGAAACGAAGUGCAUCGCCAGAAUCAAAGAAAUCCAAGAAGAAAAAAUCCAAGAAGAAUAAGAAAGACAAACAUGAAACCAGCAAGAAGAAGAAGAAACGCUCUAAGUCUCCAAAUUCCGACAGCUCGGGCAGUUCUGAUGUUGGCCAAGACAGUGAUUCUGCUAGCUCUGAUGAUGAAAAGCAGAAGAAAAAGAAAAAGAAAAAAUCGAGUGCCCGACGUCGAGCAAGUAGUGCACGAUCCAGCCGCGAGAGUUCUCCAGUAAAUGAAGCGAAAGAUGGGCACAGUGAACGCGGAAAGGAGCUCAAAGCGGAUAGUGUAAAGGGCAAAAGGAAAGAAAGCGAACGCGAUGAAAUACGACAUCACAGUCGUUACGCGGAAGCGACUAGAAAUACAAGACCCGAUGAAUCAAGAAGGCGCGAAGAUCGCAGCUUGUCUAAUGAAAACCGAAGGCAGUCACCGGAAUACAGACAAAAAUCCCACGUCACCAAAAUUGCAAAUAAAAAGCGCGAACCCUCUCGAGACAAUACCGAAAGACCUAAAUCAUCAAAACGCGAUCGUCCACGGUCUGUUUCAGAAUCUGAUGAGGAACCAACCCCUAGAAAUAAAGUAGAUAAAAGAGAUAAAAAACAAUACCAGAGAGAAGUUAGCGAGUCCCCGCCGCCUUCUAAAAGGAAGAGAAAGAGUCCUUCCAUUGAGAACCGAAGAAGUGACUUAUAUCAUAAAUAUGCUCAUCGCGAUAGUGACAGACUCCAAAGGGAGAGUUCUCGAGACGAAAGCAAGUUGCACCGGAGAAGUAAAUCGCGAGACUACAGAAAUCAUAGAAGACAGGAAGACAGUAUCGGAAGAAGUAAAGAUGAAAUAUAUAACAGUAAGAAAUACAACGACAGACGAGAACCAUCAAGACGUAGAGACAGUUACGAGGAACAGCCGAGGACCAAGAAAACUAGGAUUAGUCCUAGAGCUCAACGGGAUUCGUCCCCUGAAUGUCAUGAUCCUCCACAAAAUAAAGAUAAGAGAAUAAAGCCUGUAUCUAAAGGGCCGGAACGAUAUUACAAAAAUUUCGAAUCCGCAAAACGAUUAUCCUCAUCGGAGUCGGAACCAGAAUCGCCACCCAAACAAAGGCCAGAGAAAGUACUGCAAAGUAAACUUCGAUAUUAUAAAGAUAGAAGUGUGUCGCCGCUCGUGAAAGAAAAGAAUAGAAGUAGCCCAUCGCCAAUACGCAGAAGACGUGAUUCAUCAUCAGUAAAAAGACAAAGUUCCCCAUCACCAAAAAGGUAUAAUUCGUCACCGUUGAGACACGAUGCGCCACAACCAAGGAGACAUGGUUCGUCGCAGUCACGGAAGCGCGAUGAAUCACCGAGUAGAAGACGCGAUUCGCCGACAAGAAGGCGCGAUUCGUCGCCGCUAAAAAGGCGCGAUUUGUCACCUAUGAGAAGGCGUGAUUCCUCACCUCUAAGAAGGCGCGAUUCCUCACCUCUAAGAAUGCGCGAUUCCUCACCUCUAAGAAGGCGCGAUUCGUCACCUCUAAGGAAGCGCGAUUCGUCACCUCUAAAAAGGCGCGAUUCCUCACCUCAAAGAAGGCGCGAUACCUCACCUCUAAGAAGGCGCGAUUCGUCACCUCUAAGAAGGCGCGAUUCGUCACCGCUAAAAAGGGGUGAUUCUUCGUCACCACGAAGACGUGAUCCAUCACCGUUCAGAAGACGAGAUUCGUCACCGCCAAAAAAGCGUAGUACUUCUCCACCCCGAAAAUACGAAACAUCACCAAGAAGGCACGAUAGGUCACCAUUACGAAGGCAUGAAUCGUCCCCACCUAAAAAGCAGGGUUCACCACCACCGAAAAGUAGAGAAGAUUAUAAGGCACCUUUCAAACUCGUUGACAAACGUGGUAGCAGCCGUUCUAAGAGAAAGUCGUCAACUCCCGAUGAAAGGCACAACCAUAUUCAAAGUCGGUCUAGGUCACCUUCACCACCUAAAAAGAGCAGUACGAAGGAGAAGGAAAAAAGUAACACACCAGUACGAAAGGGAAGAAAAUUACAUGAAAGACGUUCUUCGUCUCCAAAAAUAGACAACAAAAAUAAACACGAAAAAAAUCGUAGAGAUUCUCACAAGGACCGAUCGAGAUCGCGUUCGAAGCAAAGAAGCAGAAGCACAUCGAGCCUCAGUUAUUCCCCGGCAAGGCGGAGUCCUGAACGAUAUAGAGAUAUAAUUGAAACACUACCAGAAAAAGACAAACGUAAAUACAUCAAAUCUCCAUCAGACUUACAGCCUAAAAGAAAAAAGAAUAAAGAGAUCGUUGAAAACUAUAAACCUAAGGCUGUUUGCAUGAGAAGUUCAUCCAGCGAGAACGAAGACUCUGAAGAUGACUUCUUAAGGUUAGACGAGAGGGCUAGACAGGACGAGUUAGACAUCAAGGAAUUAACCAGGUUAAAAGAGAAACUAGCCCAAAUGGCCAAAGCUUCUAUGGAGAAAAAGAGGACUGACGAUGCUAAUGCUUCUACAUCGCAAGCCUGCAGUAGCGAAGUGAAAUUAGUGGAAGAAAAAACGAGGAAAAUAAGUACCUUAGUAGAAAAGUCCGUAGAAAAAUCACCACAACGGAAUCAUAAAAGCCCAGAGAAGUCCAGCCCGGUAAAGGAAAAGAGUCCAGUAAACAUAGAGAGUUCUCCGGAACUAAAGAGAGGGAGAAGUAAAUCCCGAAGUUGGUCGAGAUCUUCGUCGCGUCGUUCUCGUUCACGUUCACGGUCAAAGUCCAGGUCGCGCAAAUCGUCACGGUCUCGAUCAAGAUCACGUUCGCGAUCAAGAUCGUCGCGUUCCAGGUCCCGGUCUUAUUCUUCUUCAAGGCGAUCACGAUCAAGUCGUUCCAGUUCUUACAGCAGUAGAAGUUCGUCUAGAUCUUCACGUAGCUCUUCCAGAUCCACACGUUCAUCUAGAACAAUGACGGGCGUGUACGCCGAUUACCGUAGAUCGAGCGCCACGCGCGGCCGCACGCGCUCGCGCUCGCCCUCCAUCCCGCGCCGGGCCGGCUCGCCCAGUUUCUUGGAUAGGAGGCGCAUCACGAGCGCUCGCAAACGACCCAUACCGUACCGAAGACCAACACCUUCCUCGCCUAGCACAGUGAGCUACUACAGCAGCAGAUCCUCACAAAGAAGCUGGACUCGAUCUCCAAGGCCUGAACGUGAUGACUAA